UCAGAACAAAUUUUCAGUACAAUUGUAAGAACCAUUCGAAGACGAACGCUUGUCGGAAAACGAUCGAGUUGUUUCUAGUCCUUGCUUCUAGAUUUGUGGUACAAAUUACUAAAUUCUCAAACAAUUCAGUAAUGGCUCUUAAUAAGCUAAGUAUCGAAAAUGUUGAUUUAAAAGGAAAACGUGUGUUUAUGCGUGUGGAUUUUAAUGUCCCCAUUAAGGAAGGAAAGAUUACCAGCAACCAGCGAAUUGUUGCUGCCCUGGACAGUAUUAAGUACGCUCUGGAUAAAGGUGCAAAGUCGGUAGUUCUUGCAUCACAUUUGGGGCGUCCAGAUGGCAACAAAAAUGUUAAAUACACCUUGGCACCGGUAGCAGACGAACUGAAAAAGCUUUUGAGCCGAGAUGUUACUUUCUUAAAUGACUGUGUAGGCGCUGAAGUAGAAGGUGCCUGUAAGGAUCCGGCCCCCGGUUCUGUGAUUCUGUUGGAAAAUGUCCGUUUUUAUGUUGAGGAGGAAGGAAAAGGUGUAGACGCUUCCGGGAACAAGAUCAAAGCCGAUAAGGACAAGGUUAAAACUUUCCGCGAAAGUUUGGCCAAACUUGGUGAUGUGUACAUCAACGAUGCGUUUGGCACGGCUCACCGCGCCCAUAGUUCGAUGAUGGGCGAAGGAUACAGUCAGCGCGCUGCUGGAUUAUUAUUAAACAAAGAAUUGCGCUACUUUUCGCAGGCUCUCGAUAAUCCACCACGUCCAUUCCUUGCCAUUCUUGGUGGCGCGAAAGUGGCCGAUAAAAUUCAACUGAUUGAAAACUUGCUAGACAAGGUCAAUGAAAUGAUUAUCGGUGGUGGUAUGGCAUUUACUUUCUUGAAGGUGUUGAAUAAUAUGGAAAUCGGGGGCUCAUUGUUUGACGAAGAAGGAUCGAAAAUCGUUCAGAAGCUGGUUGAUAAGGCAAAGAAGAACAAUGUUCAACUUCAUUUACCAGUGGACUUUGUUACGGGAGACAAAUUCGCUGAGAAUGCAGCUGUCGGUGAAGCAACCGUCGAAGGUGGUAUCCCAGCUGGACACAUGGGCUUAGAUGUGGGACCAAAAUCUCAGGCGGCAUUUGCUGCACCAAUUGCACGCGCCAAGAUUAUUGUUUGGAACGGCCCACCUGGUGUAUUCGAAUUCCCCAACUUUGCUAAAGGAACUAAAGCUGUUAUGGAUGCCGUUGUGGCAUCUACCAAAGCGGGAGCUGUUACUAUUAUUGGCGGUGGAGAUACGGCAUCAUGUUGCGCGAAGUGGGGUACGGAAUCGGCAGUAUCACAUGUCUCGACUGGAGGAGGUGCUUCGUUGGAACUGUUGGAGGGAAAAGUUCUCCCAGGAGUAGAUGCUCUAAGCAGUGCAUAAAUGUCACAUUAUCGUCGAUAUGCGAGUUGUUGAAAGUCAUGACCAUUGGUAGGUUUAUCUAAUCAUUAAUGCUUAAGUUUUCGUAGUGCAAGUUGCUCGUGUAUCGUAAAUAUUAUUGAUGUAGUUGAAUUUGUACGUUCAGCACAUUACUCAACAAGAAUAAUAAAACACGUAAAUAAAAAUCAAUAGAUCCAAUUUGCCCGAAAA